AUGACAGAAUUGUUUCGAUCAGCGUUUAAUUACCUUUCAUCAACUCCGACUAAUGCAACAGUUAUCGGUAGAUCGGAUCAUCCACUAGUUGGUACAACUGUUGACAUCGAUGGAACAAAAUUGAAAAUUCGUUCCCUUAUUGCCGAAGGGGGUUAUGCAUUAGUUUUCUCCGCGCAAGAUAUGCAAGGUAAUUGGUUUGCAUUAAAACGUCAGUUAGCUGCAGAUCAAGAUGCUGCUAAAACGAUAUUGAAAGAAAUUCGUUUUUUGAAAGAAUUGAGUGAUCUUCCAGCUAUUUUACAUUUUGUGCAAGCAGCACGAUUGAGCCCUCAAGAAAGUGGUCAUGGUCGUGCAGAAUUUCUUCUUUUAACUGAACUGUGCCCAGGAAGUGUCAUUAAUCUCAUUCAAAAAGGUCCCUUAUCACUUAGCCAAGUAACAAAAAUUUUUUAUGCGGCUUGCAUUGCUAUAAAGCAAAUGCACUCAAAAAAGCCACCUAUCACACACAGGGAUAUGAAGGUGGAAAACCUACUUUUUGAUGCUUUUGGAAAUGUAAAAUUGUGUGAUUUCGGAAGUGCAACUACUGAAAUCAUAUUACCAGACGAAACAUGGUCGGUUUCUAAAAGAACACAGCUUGAAGAAGAGUUUGCAAGACAUACAACACCAAUGUAUAGAGCCCCUGAACUACUAGACACGUACUCGAAUUUCCCUGUUGGCCCAGCUUUGGAUAUUUGGGCCCUUGGAUGUGUAUUGUAUUAUUUAUGCUAUAGAAAGCAUCCUUUUGAAGACAGUGCUAAGCUUCGUAUUAUAAAUGCAAAAUAUUCACUUCCCAAUUCAGAAACCGAAUUCACCAUCAUGCAUCAGCUUAUCCAAAAAACGCUUAAAGUUGAUCCCAGGGAACGACCAUUAAUAAAUGAUUUGUGUGAGCGAAUUGAAAAACUUGCAGUGACUCUAGCUGUAGAUCUUUCAAAGCCGAUAGAAAAUUUGCAAUUGCCUUUAUUAUCACCAGUCAGUUCAAAUCAUGGCCAAUUGUUAACAGAAUCCCAUAGAAAUGAACGUGAAAGGUCUUCAAGUAUAUCAAAAUUAUCACCUUCAUUGUCACGUAAAAUCGAUUAUGAACAAACUGCGCAGCAAGCAUCUGCUAUGUUUGGUGCCUUCAAAGGACAGAGCAUGUUAUGGCUCAAAAAUAUCAAGGAUAAAACAACUGCUGUUGCUCAGACAGUUCAAUCCACAUAUGGUCAUCGAGGUCCAGAUGUAACUUUUGUCACUUCACGUCUAGUUAUGGCACCACUGUUUGAUGCUGUCCCCGAAUCACUGAUUUGUCAUGCUGAGGAAAUAGUGUGGGAUUAUGUUAUGAAUCAAACUCGUGGUCAUUUGGGUGUUUAUAAUUUGUCAAAUCGGCAUUUGCGUUGUGAUUAUGGUUUUCAUGUAGUAGAAACACCGUUGCCGACUGUUGGAAGUGGUCUGACGCCUACAGUAAACGUUUUGUUAAAUUUGUGCAGAAAUAUGACUAUAUUCUUGAAAGAAAAGAAAACUAAUAUUAUUUUUAUUACUGGUUCCGAAGCUUCGUGUUUGUUGGUAUCAGCAGCUCUUUUACUCUAUACUCGACUUGUUUCAAGACCUUUGUCAGCGUUAGAACUAAUCUUUACUAAAAGACGACCAUACAAACUUCUACCAUCUUAUUAUCGACAGCUUGAUAUAAUCAGUACUGUUGUUUCUCUGGAAUCAAGAUGUCUUCGUAUAAUAGUUCAUAAUAGACGAGUAAUACUUCACUCUCUUUCAAUUUCUCCCGUGCCACUGUUUAAUCGAGCUCGAACUGGUUGUCGUCCAUUUGUUGAUAUGUAUUGUGAUGGGAGAAAAGUUUGGUCAACUUACAAAAACUACGAAGAAUUAAAACUUUUUGAUGUAUCAAAUUCUUCUGUAUUGGAACUUUCGUUAGAAAGUAUUGCAGUAGAAGCGGAAGUGCAGAUCAUUGUAUUUCACGCAAGGUGGUCAAAGAUACAAAACCGUAUGCAACAACUUUUCAUGUUUUCUUUAUCUUUCCAUGCCAGUUUUAUUGAUCCAAAUACACAUUUGCUAGAAUUAAAUCGCAGCGAUAUUGAUUAUCAAAUUGAUGAUAAUUCAAAAUUCGGAGAAAGCAUGAGAAUUGGUGUUAAAAUGGAAAUAGAUGUACGGGAUAGAGGCUAUGAUACAAAAAAGCUACCAGCAUUUCUUAGUUAUGAUUCAGAAGCUAUUCCGAACGUAUUGCUAACAUCUCAACGUGAGGAAUUUGAUUCAUUAAUGCGCUGUAUUGAUUGUCAUCAUUGUAAAUCAUCAAAAAGCCCUCCACAAAGACCACCUCCACCACAGAAGCGAAUUACAUGUAAAGAGAAAGAAACAGAAUCAUCGAUUGUGACUCCUUUAAAAGAUUCUUUUUUCUCUACUUUGGAUUGGCAUGACGGCACUACCUCUAUGAAAGAUACUCAAUGUGUGUUUGUGGCAGAAGCCAGGGAAGAAAAUCUACAACAACCUGAACUUAUUCCAUCCUUGCAAAACCAACUUCCACAUGAGAAAUUUAGCAAUAAUGAUAUCGCCAAGUUAUGUGAGCAAACUGAUGGUAUAAAAAUAUCUGUUGUUGAAGAGGGAAUGAGUUCUCAUCAUCACAAAUCUGAUCUUCAAAAGCAGUUUGAAACUAUGGAUAAAAGUAUCCCAGAAAAUUUUAAUGAUGAUGUUGAUCUACUUGGUUUAGGAGCAGAGUUGGACUACAGUGUCCGCAUGUUGCUGUGA